AUGCUUCAGCCAGGAAUGUCAGCCUCCCAAUCUACGCCAGUUGGUCCGCCAGGACGGGACUAUGCGGGGGAGCACAAGGCCCGCAAAGCCUGCAUCAACUGCCGACGGCAGAAGAUGAAAUGUGUCAUUGAACAUAAUGAGACUUGUCGUCGGUGUCGUCGUUCGGGCCUUCCCUGUGUGUUUGUGCCGCGUGCAAAUGCUGCUACUCUGCCGGAAAAUGUGAUGGCUUUGCAAGACAGCGAUUUCAAAAGAGACGUCUUGACUCGGCUACAGGCGAUUGAGGAAAGGAUUGGUCUCUCACAAACCGCCGAUCCUACAUCGGAAUGUACACAGGAGCCUGAAGGUGAGAAUGGGGGACGAGAUAUAUCGCCCGGGUCAGAAUCCGAUGGCCUGGGGACGUUAUGGGAGGCAGUGGCAGUCCUGCAAAGAAGUGCUCCCAGCAGAGUGCCACUGCUUGUCUGGCGCAGGGCGACUGUCAAAGAGCUUUGGUCGUCAUUCCACGAUCGAAUGCCGGGACUGCAUUUUAUGCCUCGUAAACAGAUCUUCUCUGCCCCUCAUCCCUUGCUUCUAGCUUCGAUCCUGUACUGCUCGAGUGUUCGAGGCCCACCAGAGGUCGCUGAUCUAGCCCUCGACUAUUUUACUGUACUCUGUAGUGCAAUCUCGCAGCUGUGCAUUCCUGGAAGUGAGAUCGGCAAGACGCCAGACGACACAGAGGAGUGGGCUUUUCAAACUGUCCUGGGAAUUAUUCUCGCUGGGCUGUUGACAGAGGCGACUGUUCGGGAGACGGGCAUCUGGAUCUCCAUAGCAUAUCGCCUUAUCCUCGAACACUGCCCAGCUCACAUUGACGACACGUCUCGCAAAUGGCGAAAGUUGUUCAGUGGCAUACAGAUCAUCGACCUGGAGCAUGCAUCUUUGCACCUAUCCUGCCCAGUCAUACCGAUCGAAUCGCCACUGCCGGCGUUACAAACCUCUCAGCGUGAUCAGCUGUAUCGAUUAUCUCGAAUGAUGCAUACGGGCCUCACUCAUUUCGCCGGCAGAGGAUUGCCCACCAUUUGGUCGUGCUUUACAAGUGGUGUCUCAACAGCGGUGAACCUGACGAGCAAUUUUACAGCAGUCGACACUGCGGUGAUUCGCGACUGGGCUCGCCAGCUGGACGAAUGGCUCGUUGAAUUCAGUCAGACAUCAGAAGGGUCAGACCUGGAUCUCAAGCUUGUCUUUCGACAAUACGUGCUACAUCGGCUGGUCGUUUUGUCAAUAUAUCAUCCAGUCAGAGGCUGCAAUCUAUGGUCAAACAGUAUCACUCCCAGAGAACAGCACGAACUACUGGUCUCGGCUCGGGCGACUCUAAAGCUGCACUCGCACGAUGACUCGAUUUGGGCGAAUUGGGACCAGGUAAUCAUAACUUGGGCAGCACUGAUUGUGCUACAGGGUAUUGAGGGAGGUACUGGUGAGCCUGACGAUCUUGAAAGCAUACAAAUCCAUCUUGGUAUGCUCAAACAGAUGGCCGGGCCAAAACCCAGUCUCCGCGACAUCCUUGUCGCCCGGUUAGAAUCGAGUCUCGCGGACGCUCAAAUUCCCCCUGCAAACAUGGCACAGCAUGCAUAUGGAGAUCUCACAAUGAUGAGCUCAACUGAGCCGUCGUGGCAGAUCUUUGACCAGUCCAGCCUGGAACACAUGAUGUACUCGGACUGGACGGGCUAG